CGCAUCCGUUUGUUGCAGGUUUCGCUUCUUUUUGGUGGAUAAGGGGUAUUUGUCAGGCUCCCAUCUCUUCCCAAACACUGGAGGAGCUCGGCAGAAGGUGAAGCAUGCUAUCUGCUGUGAGAUCCGCCAGACGGUACCUUGGAUACUUCAGAAGCAUCUCUAGCUCUGCAAUGGACAAAGGGUACCAGCAGGCAAAUGUGGUCGUCCUGCCCAAUCAGCUAGCAGAUGACUUUGAAGCCUUCUGUCGCAGUAAUCCCGCCCCUUUGCCGCUCCUUUAUCGCAGCCAAUCAGGAGAGACGUCCUGUCCACCUCUGGCUAAACAGGCUGACAUAAGGACAGAUGUCUCUCAGUACUGUGUGUAUGAGGAGGGUCGCCUGGUGAAGACAGUGUCCAGUCUGCAGAGUUACAAUGAUCAACCAAGUGCUGCAUCAGGGCAGCAGGCUGUGCCUCUUGGUCCAUGGUCAGACAUGGUGUGUUUCUAUCUGGGCUGCAGUUUUGGCUUUGAAGGCAAACUCAAGAAAGCUGGAGUUCCUGUCAGGAAUGUGGAACAAGGCAGAAAUAUCAGCAUGUACAGGACUGCAGUUCACUGUUUUCCUGCCGGAAAGUUCAGCUGCCCUCUAGUGGUCACUAUGCGUCCCAUUCCAGCUGCUAUGCUCGAUGUCGUCGUGGAGAUUACUCAUCUCAACCCACUUGCACAUGGAGCUCCUGUACACAUCGGAGACCCAGCUUUUCUGGGCAUACAGGACCUGUCCAGACCAGACUAUGGAGAUCAGGUGGAGCUGCAGCCUGGUGACGUCCCAGUGUUCUGGGCCUGUGGAGUGACUGCUAUAGAGGCAAUCCUCAGCAGCAGGCCUCCCUUGGCAUUCAGUCACUCACCAGGUUGUAUGUUCCUGACGGACAUCCCAGACACUCCUGCCCCCCUAACUCCUCCUUCUGACAACAUGGAGCCUCAAAGUGCCAAACCCAAUCCUGAGCAGACCCCUGUCUGCUUCCAGGUAUCCCAAAAUCCCUUGUUGUACAGUUUGGCAUCUCAGGCGGCAGUGUCAAAGAUCAGACAGUUGGAGACAAUUAUUGGAGAGGACCCAGGUCAACGAGGGAUCGAAGCUUUGUUUGUUCAGGAUGAACUUCUGCUCUCCUGUCUAUCACUCUCCCACGCCUCCUCCAUUGCCAUAGUUACCGGCUUUCCUACACACUACAUGCACAGCCCUCCAGAUGAGACAGAUGGACCACCUGGAGCCAUUGCCAUAGCAACCAUGCUGCUGGCUUUAGGGAAAAAGGUGACAAUGUUGACGGACAAAAGAGCCGUGGAGAUGAACCAGGCCCUCAUUGAUGAAGCAGUGAGCACAGGAGUGCUGAAAACUACAAUCCCAUUAGUCACAUAUGAGGAUAGUGGUCCAGACUCUGCACUGCACUUCUUGUGUCACCAUGGAGACCCAAGCAAACCCAGGUACGACCACCUGUUGGCGAUAGAGCGCAGUGGACGGGCUGCAGAUGGAAAUUACUACAACAUGCGAGCAAUAAACAUCAAACAUCUGGUGGAUCCCAUCGAUGACCUGUUUAUUGCUGCCAAGGACAUCCCAGGAAUUAGUACUACAGGGAUCGGUGAUGGAGGUAAUGAGCUGGGGAUGGGUAAAGUGAAGGAGAAGGUGAAGGACCUGAUGCCCAAAGGGAGUCUUAUAGCCUGUGAUGUUCCUGCUGACUUUGCUAUUACUGCUGGGGUGUCUAACUGGGGAGGAUAUGCUGUGGCCUGUGGACUUUACCUGCUCCACACUUGCCCCUCACACCAGCGAUACAUGAAGAAGGGAUUGGGACUGCACCGUGUAAUCCCCCAAGAACAGCUGCAGGACUGGACUGCUAACCUGCCAUCAGUGGACAAGGUAACAGACAUCAAACACUUCUCUCAUCUGUCUUGUCAGGACUUUUCUGCUUUCUCACUUUCCUCUUAA